AUGCUCGAUAGAUUCUUUGAUUGUGAAUUCGCAGACUGCAUACUCCCAAGUGUGCGGGGGUUCGGACCCUGUGAGAAAUGCAACCGCCACCUCUGCGCAACCCACCGUCGCCUACCAUUUCAUACAUGCGAUGACACGGUACAGUCCAUGAACCUGCUGUCUAUCUACUCAACUCCACUCAACUCAGACCUAACAACGAAAAAGCCCCUCCCAGAAGAGCAAUUCGAAGUCAAUAUCCACGCGGAAGUAAAAGAUCUGCGUUCCAAAAUCAACGAAAAGGCAUUGUGCGAGCGUGCCUCAGAAUUAAACGGCGGCCACAAAUGCACGAUCGAGCACCCGCCCGCAUGGGGGCGUGGAUGCCUCAUGGGCUGCGCCAACUAUCAUGCUGGGGUUCGUUUUAUGGACGAUGCCUCCACCGUCUGGCUGAUCCGAGUACCACGACUGAAUGGAAGUAUCCCGCAACCACUCAUCGACUACCUCAUUCGCAGCGAAUACGCCACCCUCAAAUUCCUCGAGACGACUAAGGUGCCCGCGCCUCGAGUCUUUGACUAUGGCAUUGCUAGCGACAAGAGCAACAAGGUUGGUGUGAGCUAUCUGCUCAUCGAGCAAAUGCCCGGUCAACCCUGGAACAUGCAAGGACCACACGGGAAGCGCUUUGCAGACGAGAAAGACAAGGAGAGGGUGUGGAAGGACCUGGCAGAUAUUAUGAUUGAGCUGCAGCACCAUCCUUUUCCCAAGGCUGGAUCUCUUCUUCCUGGUCCUACGCCUUCAGAGCCCGUCGUCUCUGCUGUCGCCAGUGAACGAUUCCUCGUCCAGAGUCCAGUCGGGCCUUUUGAUACAGCUGUUGACUAUUAUACUUCAUUUGUGGAGCGGAAUAUGGCUCUCAUUGCUGAUGGACAGCUUUUUACUUCGUUUCCUGUGAAUGCGUACUUGGUGUUUGCGUUCCUGAAAUCCCAGGUCCAGGCUCUUGCAACGACAUCACCAAAGCCUCAUUCCGUGGAUACUACAGAGCAGUUCUAUCUCAAGCAUGUGGAUGAUAAGGGUGAUCACCUCAUGGUCGACGACGAGCUGAAUAUCAUCGGGAUUAUCGAUUGGCAAAUGGCUCGAGUAGUCCCCGCAAGUGAAGCAUUCGGGCCGUCUUUGGUGACGGCCGAAAUGGGUGAUAUUUAUGAUGGCAUGUCAUCCUUGACUGCUCAUGACCAAGCACUGGCUUGCUUCUUGAGAGCGAAAGGGGCGGAGGACUUGGCUGAUAUCAUGGGCAAGGAUGAGAGACUUCGGAGAUUCUUCUUUGGGCUUGAUGUUGAUUUCCCUUGGGAGGAGACAUUGCCUUUGAUUCGUGGCAUUUGGACUGCGUUUGGGAUUGAGAAGAAUACGUACUGGGAAGUGUGGAAGAGGGAUAUGCUGGAAAAACAUGCCCAUGAUGGACGGUUGAAGCACAUUCAAGAUAGGUUUGGACCAGGGCCAUGA